AAUGGAUUGGGAUAGCAAAGAUUGCUUGAAUUUGAUUGAAUCAUUUAGAUUACAAGAAGUAUUAUGGAACUCAAAAAAUCCAUCAUAUUUUUCAAAAAAUGCCAAACAUGAUGCUUGGUGUCACUUGGCAAAAGAAGUGAAAAGACCGGUUGAGGAAAUUAAAAAAAAAAUACUAAGUUUACAGGGAUCAUAUCGUAGAGAAAAAGCGAAAGUAAAAAAAAGUUAUGGAACUGGAAAAGGUGCCAACGACAUAUACCACUCUAAAUGGUUUGGUUUCGACGCCAUGCAUUGUUUUUUAGCCGAUAGAGAUGAUCCAAUGCCGACUAUGAAUUCUGCAAAUGUUCUAAGUGAAGCAAGAGAAAUGUGUGCUUCACCGUAUACUGGAAUAAUUGAAAGAGAAACAUCCACAGACACGAGCGAUGUUUUUAUGUCAGAGGAGGAUGCACUUGAUACAAGUGAAACACAAACAUUUACACAACAACAACAAUUUGUAUCUGCAGAUAACAAUGAGUUCACUUGUCCAAGUCCAGUCCAGCCUCCAAAAGGAAAAAAACGAAAAAAUGUAGCUAGUACAGACUCCAGAAUUGAUGAAGCAUUUGACAUUUUAAAGAAAUCUGCUUCGAACAUCGAAUUAAAUCAACAAUCUCCCGAUGAGUGUACUACUUAUGGAACUUAUAUCGGAAACAAACUUCGAAAUUACACUCCAAAAACAAAAUCAUUUGUUCAGUAUUACUUCAACAAUAUUCUUUUUGAAGCAGAUAUGGGAAGAUUUGAUGGGAACGAAAGUAAUAUAAGUUCAUCUUUACCAACAAGUUAUAGUAAUCUACCACCAACAACACAUACUUCAAGUCAAACUUCUUCUCCUAAUAUUAUUUAUCAAAAUUUGCCACAAGCACAACCAUCUACAUCAAACUCAGUUGAUUUCAAUCCAAUAUUUGAAACAUCAGAUGGGUCUUCUUUAGAAUCAACCUACCUAGGUUAGGUAGCUACUUAUUUUAAUUUUAAUGGAAAAGUUUUUAUUCUUUGUUUUUAUUUUAAUUUUAU